AUGUGUCUAUCUGGACCCUUGAAACCUUCACAGGCCGCAACAUACCGCCUAACCUUACAGACGGCGCGCCUACCGACCAUGCACCCUCCCAACCCAAGCCUCCCUGCUGGUCUUUCAGGCAUGAUUGAUUCGGCCGUUUUCCCGCUUGACCUGACAACUCCAAGGCGAAGAGAUGGACAGGUGCUUCAGGAGAAGGCUAGCGCGGUAUUCACAAAUUGA